AUGAUUAAACCACAACAACUUAAGGCGCAAAGCACCCAGGUCCUUCAGACCAUUACAUACGCCAUGUAUGCAUAUAAUUCAAAGACGGCAGAACAAACGCAAAGGUUAAAAUAUGGAGAUUUGGAGAUAGUAUUGAAAAAUGACCAUUUCGAAUUCGUUUGCAAAGGUGGUGCAGUGAUAUCAAAUAUAAAAGAAAUUUUAUUUAUGAAUUCAAAAAUUAAAGGAAUAACGGAUGAUAUAACAUCAAUUCCACCAGAAGAACAGAGAUAUUACGCAUUAAAUGCAUUUCCUAAAGUUUUGAAGAUUGGAAGAUUUAAUUUAAAUGAGGAAUUCAUAGAAGGUUUCCUAAAUGACAUAAUGAAGAAGGCGGAUAAGGAAUACGUUAAUACUGAGUUAGAGAAGAAGGCAAAUUUGGUUUAUGUUGAUGAAAAAGAUAAUGAAAUUAAAGAAAAGGUUGAAUGGUAUCAUGAAUGGACAUCGGAGACUUUUAAAGUUAAAGCUGAUACAGGAUGGGUUUCAGGAUGUUUAGACCUUAAGGCGGAUAAAACUUAUGUUGAUGAAAAAGAUAAUGAAAUUAAAGAAAAGGUUGAAUGGUAUCAUGAAUGGACAUCGGAGACUUUUAAAGUUAAAGCUGAUACAGGAUGGGUUUCAGGAUGUUUAGACCUUAAGGCGGAUAAAACUUAUGUUGAUGAAAAUUAUGCAAAGAAGUCGGAAGUAAAUGAUGUGAUUACAAGCAUGAAAAAUGAAAUACUUCAAACAUUAUAUCCUGUUGGUUCUAUUUAUACGUCAAUGAACUCAACAAAUCCAUCAACAGUUUUAGGUUUUGGUAC